GAAAAUAAUUAUAAUGUUACGGUGAUUCCUCAAUUUAUAUAUUAUAGUAAUAUUACGAAGUCAAAACGUUGCUACAAGUUAUUAACAUUUUUUGGAAUUUUUAUCAAACAGUUAUGUCUUUAACACAGGAAAAUGUAUUAACAGAACUUUCUAAUCUUGAUUGUGUUAAACAACUAAAAAUUAAUUCUUCUACUGCACUGAAAUACGGUAUGGUAGUUGGGUUAGCAACUGCUGCUUGUGGUGUUCUUGCUGGACCUGUAGGUCUUACAAUUGGUGGUGUAGUCAGCAGUUGUGUAGUAGGUUAUAAAUCAAAUGGAAAAUUUAAGUCUGCUAUACAUAUUCUUCUAUAUGAAACUACUCCAGAACAAAAGAGAAAGCUGCAUAAAGAAAUUAUGAAAUAUCUUAAUAUAAGACACAUAAAAACAAUUUAUGAUUUUGUGCGUUCAAUGACAACUAAUCAAGAAGUUAUGAACGCAGUGAUAAAUAUAAUAAUAAUGUUUAUAACUUCUGAAUUACAUUACAAUGUAACUAAGGCUUAAUUCUUAAUUUAAGUUUAAUAAUAAAUUACUUCAACUUAAUUUUUCA